AUGGCCUUCAGGGAUGUGGCUGUGGCCUUCACCCAGAAGGAGUGGAGGCUACUGAGUCCUGCUCAGAGGACCCUGUAUCGGGAUGUAAUGCUGGAGAACUACAGCCACUUGGUGUCGCUGGGAAUUGCCUUUUCCAAACCCAAACUCAUCACCCAGCUGGAGCAAGGGGAUGAGCCCUGGAGAGAGGAGAGCGAAUGUCUUCUGGACCUUUGUCCAGCAGAACCAGGAACAGAAUUCCAGCCCUGUGUCCAUUCCUGCCCGGUGGCCCUUUCCAGUCCACAGUUCCUUCAACAGUACGUGCUGUGCGGUCACCUUCCUCAGAUCUUCCCAAGCUCAUAUGCAGGAAGCCCCAUCUCAACGGAAGCUCCAAGCUGCUCAAGUGAACAAGGAGAUGAGGAAGAGAUAGAAGGGAGACUUGAGCUGAGUGGGGUUUCCGGGGUGCUCUUCAGAUCCUCUCAGGGUCGGCCAGUAGACUGGGUAGAAGGCAAAAGAGCUGGGGGAGCAGACCAGGGGAUGUGUCCUGAAGAAGCAGACCUUUCAGCAUCUGGAGCAGCCAUGUGUGGGAAAUACAGACUGGGACUUGGUCCCAAAUCCAGUCUCUUAAGCCUCCAGAAACAUCACGUAUGUCCUGAAUGUGGCAGAGGCUUCUGCCAGAGGUCAGACCUCACCAAGCACCAAAGGACACACUCAGGAGAAAAGCCUUACAGCUGUAGGGAGUGUGGGCGAGGCUUUGGCCGCAAGUCCUCCCUCACCAUCCACCAGAGGAAACACUCAGGGGAGAAGCCUUAUGUGUGUCGGGAGUGUGGCCGCCACUUCAGGUACACGUCCUCACUUACCAACCACAAGAGGAUACACUCUGGGGAGAGGCCCUUCGAAUGUCAGGAAUGUGGGCGAGGCUUUCGCCAAAAGAUCGCCCUGAUCCUGCACCAGAGGACACACUUGGAGGAGAAGCCCUUUGUGUGUCCCGAGUGUGGGAGAGGCUUUUGCCAGAAGGCAUCGCUCCUCCAACACCGAAGCUCACAUUCGAGUGAAAGACCCUUCUUGUGCCUUGAGUGUGGGCGUGGUUUCAGGCAGCAGGCACUGCUCCUCAGUCACCAAGUCACACACUCAGGGGAGAAGCCUUAUAUCUGUGCUGAAUGUGGGCAUGGCUUUCGCCAGAAGGUCACCCUCGUCAGACACCAGAGGACACACACAGGGGAGAAGCCUUACCUGUGCCCUGAGUGUGGCCGCGGCUUUAGCCAGAAGGUCUCCCUCAUGGGACACCAGAGGACACAUACAGGGGAGAGGCCUUACCUGUGCCCUGAGUGUGGGCGUGGCUUUGGCCAGAAGGUUACCCUCAUCAGACACCAGAGGACACAUACAGGGGAGAAGCCUUACCUGUGCCCGGAGUGUGGACGUACCUUUGGCUUCAAGUCGCUUCUCACCAGACACCAGAGGACACACUCAGGGGAGGCGACUGAUGUGUACAGAGUGUGUGAGCAAGGACUGGGCCAGAAGUCUCACUUCACCUCUGACCAGAGGACACACUCAGGGGAGAAGCCGUGCGUGUGCAGUGAGUGUGGGCGUGGCUUCGGCUUCAGGUCGGCCCUCAUCAGACACCAGCGCACCCACUCAGGAGAGAAGCCGUAUGUGUGCAGGGAGUGUGGCCGAGGCUUCAGCCAGAAGUCUCACCUCCACAGACAUAGGAGGACCAAGUCUGGCCAUCGCCUCCCACCUCAAGAGCUGCUCUCCUGA